AUGUAUUGCGAAUUGCUGUUAGUCAGUUUGCUGUAUUUGGCAAGUGAAGGUGUUAAUGGCCUCCAAAGAUGGGCUUCGCAAUUUGGUCAAGCUCCACUGUUAGAAAGGUUUUCCUGGCGAGCGUUGGACUUCGCUUACCCGGAUGAGGGAAGCAGAAGAAUGGCGAUGAUGAAGGGAGAAUUCAUUCCGGAGAACGCGCUACCCGUUGGUAUUGAAAUAUGGAGAAACAAGCUGUUUGUUUCUGUUCCAAGAUGGCGUAAUGGUAUACCAGCAACAUUGAACUAUAUAUCACUGGAUACAAAUCGAGGUGGUUCACCUAGGCUUACCCCUUAUCCGAAUUGGGCACAAAAUAAAGCUGGUGCGUGUGGAAGCGCAAUUACUACUGCUUAUAGAAUGCACGUAGACGUUUGCGACAGACUUUGGGUGUUGGAUACUGGUACCAUAGGCAUUGGGAACACAACCAUACAAGCAUGUCCCUAUACAUUGAAUGUAUUUGAUCUAACGACUGAUAAAAUUAUGAGGCAAUACAGACUGAGAGCUGAGGAUAUCAAUAUGAACACUUUUAUCGCAAACAUAGCCAUUGAUUUGGGAAAAGGUGGCUGUAACGACGCAUAUGCCUACAUGUCCGACGAGCUUGGAUACGGUUUGAUCGUUUAUUCCUGGGAACAGAAUAAAUCCUGGCGAAUUACGCAUAGCUAUUUCAUGCCAGAUCCUUUGGCUGGCGAUUACAACAUCGGCGGUUUGAAUUUCCAAUGGGGCGAAGAAGGGAUUUUCGGGAUGAGCUUAUCUCCGAUCGCCGCUGACGGAUUUAGGACACUGUUCUUCCAUCCUCUUAGCAGCAGGAGGGAAUUCGCUGUGUCUACCAGGAUUCUCAGGGACGAAGAUUUGUCUCAGGACAGUUAUCACGAGUUUCAGGUACUUCCUGAACGAGGAGCACUCGGUCAUUGCACUUCUUCCGUCAUGGACGAGAAUGGACUUCAAUUUUUCAAUUUAAUCGACCAGAACGCUGUGGGCUGUUGGAAUUCUCUUCUACCAUACGCACCUGAAAAUCAGGCACUUGUGGCCAAACACGAUGACGCUAUGAUAUUCCCAGCUGAUGUUAAGGUGAGCCGUGGAGUCUUGUGGAUUAUAUCGGACAGAAUGCCAGUUUUCUUACUCUCAAAUUUAAAUUACACCGAUAUAAACUUCAGAAUAUUAACGGUACCGGUUAGAGAUGCGAUCGCUGGUACUAUUUGUGAAAACACACCCUGGGGGUACGUUAGCAAUUCUUUAUGGUGGGAACAAUGA